GCCGCAGCCCAGCGGCCGCGCCGUAGGGCCACGCCGGGCUCUCGCCACUUCCGGCGCGUUGGGGCUGUUAGUCGGGGGCGGCAGCACUGCACUAGCGGGCGGCACAAGAGUGGACUCGUGCAGGGAUGCUUCGGAGGUCGGCGGUGGCUGCGGUAGGGGCUGAGGCGGCGAGGACAGCGCGGGCCCCCGGGCCUCUCCUCUAAGCCAGCCUCUCUCUAGACCGGCCCCUCCGACUGUGCUGCCGAGGCCCUUUCAGCCUCCGUCCCUUCAGCCUCUAGGCCGGGCCCGCCGCUGCUUCUGAACGCGGAGGCCGGGGAGCCCCUGCCUGGGCCCGGAACCUCCCCUCGGGGGUCGGGCCCGGGCGGGGGCCCCCCCGAGCUGCUGCCCUUCUUGCCAGCCUCCGAUCCCCAUUUCCUGCUUUUUUAGUUAACUUGGAGAGGAGAGGUUGGGUCUUGAUGAAUUGUUCUGGGCCUCCCUGAUGAGGCGGGCCGGGGGGCUGCACUCUUUUUAGAGGGUCUCCGCGGGGCCCGGGUGGGGAAGCGGUUCUCUUUGCAUGGGCGGGGGACUUCCCGAAUCUGCGGGAUCAUGACCUGAACUGUGAGAGCGGGACGAAUCUGAAGCCCAGCUCACCUGAGCCGCCUCUUCCCCCGGCCAGCAUGGCAUCUGAAGAAGCCUCCCUAAGGGCAUUGGAAAGUCUGAUGACAGAGUUUUUUCAUGACUGUACAACCAAUGAACGAAAACGUGAGAUAGAGGCGCUUCUUAAUAACUUUGCCCAGCAAAUAGGAGCCUGGAGAUUCUGCCUAUAUUUUCUCUCCAGCACCAGGAAUGACUAUGUAAUGAUGUAUAGUUUGACAGUAUUUGAGAAUCUGAUCAAUAAAAUGUGGCUUGGGGUCCCAUCUCAGGAUAAGAUGGAAAUCCGUAGCUGCCUACCCAAACUCCUUUUGGCUCACCACAAAACCUUACCUUACUUUAUCCGGAACAAGCUCUGCAAAGUUAUUGUUGACAUUGGCCGUCAAGAUUGGCCCAUGUUCUACCAUGACUUUUUUACUAACAUUUUACAGUUGAUCCAGUCCCCUGUGACAACCCCCCUCGGGCUGAUCAUGUUAAAAACAACUUCAGAAGAACUGGCUUGUCCCCGUGAAGACCUCAGUGUGGCUCGGAAGGAGGAGUUGCGGAAGCUGCUGCUGGACCAGGUGCAGACAGUGCUUGGCCUCCUGACAGGUAUCUUGGAGACUGUCUGGGACAAACACAGCGUUACAGCUGCCACCCCACCACCGUCCCCAACCUCAGGAGAAAGUGGUGACUUACUGAGUAACCUGUUGCAAAGUCCUAGUUCAGCCAAACUGUUGAAUCAGCCAAUCCCCAUCCUCGAUGCGGAGAGUGAGUAUAUCUGUUCCCUGGCCUUGGAGUGCCUGGCCCAUCUCUUCAGUUGGAUUCCUCUGUCUGCCAGCAUCACCCCGUCCCUUCUUACCACCAUCUUCCACUUUGCGCGCUUUGGCUGUGACAUCCGGGCCAGAAAGAUGGCAUCAGUUAACGGCAACAGCCAGAACUGUGUGUUGGGUCAGGAACGUGGCCGGCUUGGGGUCCUGGCCAUGUCUUGCAUCAAUGAACUCAUGUCCAAGAACUGUGUGCCUAUGGAAUUUGAGGAGUAUUUACUGCGUAUGUUCCAGCAGACUUUCUACCUCCUGCAGAAAAUCACCAAGGAUAACAAUGCCCACACGGUGAAGAGCAGGCUAGAAGAACUGGAUGAGAGCUACAUCGAGAAGUUUACUGACUUUCUGCGGCUCUUUGUGAGUGUUCACCUAAGAAGAAUCGAGUCCUACUCCCAGUUUCCUGUGGUGGAGUUCUUGACACUUUUGUUUAAGUACACAUUUCAUCAGCCUACUCAUGAAGGUUACUUCUCUUGUUUGGAUAUCUGGACACUCUUUUUGGACUAUCUGACAAGUAAAAUUAAAAGUCGUCUGGGAGACAAAGAAGCAGUUCUCAACAGGUACGAAGAUGCCCUAGUCCUCUUGCUCACGGAGGUGUUGAAUCGAAUCCAGUUCAGAUACAACCAGGCCCAGCUGGAGGAGUUAGAUGACGAGACUCUGGAUGACGAUCAGCAGACAGAGUGGCAGCGGUACUUACGCCAGAGCCUGGAGGUAGUGGCCAAAGUGAUGGAGCUCCUUCCCACACAUGCCUUCUCAACACUGUUCCCAGUUCUUCAGGACAAUUUAGACGUUUAUCUGGGGUUACAGCAGUUUAUAGUUACUUCGGGGUCAGGACACAGGUUGAACAUCACAGCAGAGAAUGACUGCCGGCGAUUGCACUGUUCCCUGAGAGACUUGAGCUCCCUGCUGCAGGCUGUGGGCCGGUUGGCUGAGUACUUUAUCGGAGACGUGUUUGCUGCGCGGUUCAGCGAUGCACUCACAGUCGUGGAGAGGUUAGUCAAGGUCACUCUGUAUGGAUCUCAGAUAAAAUUGUACAACAUUGAAACUGCUGUGCCAUCAGUGUUGAAACCUGAUCUCAUUGAUGUGCAUGCUCAGUCCCUGGCCGCUCUGCAGGCUUACUCGCACUGGUUAGCACAGUAUUGCAGUGAAGCGCAUCGGCAGAACACGCAGCAGUUUUUCACGCUCAUCUCCACUACCAUGGAUGCAGUCACACCUCUAAUCAGCACCAAGGUCCAAGAUAAGCUGCUGCUAUCUGCCUGCCACCUACUGGUUUCUCUGGCCACCACUGUGAGGCCUGUCUUUCUGAUCAGCAUCCCUGCAGUGCAGAAAAUAUUCAACAGAAUCACCGAUGCCUCUGCCCAGCGACUUGUUGAUAAGGCUCAGGUGUUGGUGUGCCGAGCACUCUCUAACAUUCUGCUGCUGCCAUGGCCAAACCUCCCGGAGAAUGAGCAGCAGUGGCCUGUGCGCUCCAUCAACCACGCUAGCCUCAUCUCUGCGCUUUCCCGGGACUAUCGCAACCUAAAAUCCAGUGUCGUUGCCCCACAGAGGAAGAUGCCACUGGAUGACACCAAAGUGAUUAUCCACCGGACACUUAGUGUCUUAGAAGAUAUUGUGGAGAAUAUCUCUGGGGAAUCCACCAAGUCCCGGCAGAUCUGCUACCAUUCGCUGCAGGAAUCCGUGCAGGUCUCCCUGGCCCUCUUUCCAGCUUUUAUUCAUCAGUCAGAUGUGACUGAUGAGAUGCUGAGCUUUUUCCUCACUUUGUUUCGAGGCCUUAGAGUACAGAUGGGUGUGCCUUUCACUGAACAGAUCAUACAGACUUUCCUCAAUAUGUUUACCAGAGAACAGUUAGCUGAGAGCAUCCUCCAUGAAGGCAGCACUGGCUGCCGGGUGGUUGAGAAGUUCCUGAAGAUCCUGCAGGUGGUGGUCCAGGAGCCUGGCCAGGUGUUCAAGCCCUUCCUCCCUAGCAUCAUCUCCCUGUGCAUGGAGCAGGUGUACCCCAUCAUUGCUGAGCGCCCCUCCCCUGAUGUGAAGGCUGAGCUGUUUGAGCUCCUUUUCCGGACGCUCCAUCACAACUGGAGGUACUUCUUCAAGUCCUCCGUCCUGGCCAGUGUCCAGAGGGGGGUUGCCGAGGAGCAGAUGGAGAAUGAGCCUCAGUUCAGUGCCAUCAUGCAGGCCUUUGGACAGUCCUUUCUCCAGCCUGAUAUCCACCUAUUUAAACAAAAUCUCUUCUACUUGGAGACACUCAACACCAAACAGAAGCUGUACCACAAGAAGAUCUUCCGGACCACCAUGCUGUUCCAGUUUGUGAACGUGCUGCUGCAGGUCCUGGUCCACAAGUCCCACGACCUUCUGCAGGAGGAGAUCGGCAUCGCCAUUUACAACAUGGCCUCCGUGGACUUUGAUGGCUUCUUCGCAGCUUUCCUCCCUGAGUUCCUGAGCAGCUGUGAUGGCGUGGAUGCCAACCAGAAAAACGUGCUGGGGCGAAAUUUCAAGAUGGAUCGGGACCUGCCCUCGUUCACCCAGAAUGUGCACAGGCUGGUCAACGACCUGCGAUACUAUAGACUCUGCAACGACAGCCUGCCCCCCGGCACAGUGAAGCUCUAGGCACAGCCUGCUUUCCGCCUGAGGGACGUGAACUGCUGCUGCCACCACUGCGCCACCACACCCUCCGCCACAGUUGUCUCCCAGACGAGUCUCGGUCACUCCUCGGAUUCAUAUACCCUGAGCAGCGUCGCCUGCCCUGUGCCCCUCCUCUAUGACCCUCACCUGCCGCCCACCCAGCAGAACUGGCCUCAGGGUGUGUCUUAGCACUGGUCGGAGUGCCCAGGACAUUCAGGGCAGGCGGAGGGUCAGGGCUAGGGACGGGAGGCACCAGGAAAUCCUGCGCGGUGCUCUGUGUGGAUCUUGCAUCUGUCGGUCAUGAGACUGAAACGCCAAGGACAGCUUAUGACAGUGCCACCUUCUCACCAUUCCACCUCCCUACCCCUCUCUGGCCUUCGGCUAAGGGGAGAUGUGACCGGCCACGACGCUGGAACUGUUUUGGCACUUCUGUCACUCGCCCCUCCCCCCAGUUGCCUUGAAGUCUCAGCUCUGUGUUAGAGAUUUGCAGACUCAUGGUUUUUUUGUUCUUGUUUUCUCAUCAUUCCAUUGUGAUACUAAGAAACUAAGAAGCUUAAUUAAAAAAUAAAAUGCU